GGUCUGAAUCUCUCUCUCUCGUCUUCUGUAUGUGCUGCCAGUGCUUCCCUUUCCUUUCCUUUGCUUUGCUUGAUGCACAUGUACCAGUCUGCAUUCAGCCCUGUGUCCACCUCCACUGAGUACCCAGUACACACACACACAUCCAACACACACACACCUCUCUUCUUCUCCUUGCCAAAGUAUGGGCUGGAAUUAACACGCUCCAUGCUGAUGACUCUCAGCCGGUGCACACCACUCUCCAAUGGACUUGCAUAAAGACAGGACUACAGGGAAAAAGUCCCUUCACUGGAAUCCACUUGUCACUCUCUAACAGCGUCUAUGGAUGACCUACAGGCAUCCCCUUAAAUGCCGGGGGGUUGGCAUGGUCUCAGGUCGAAGCAGACUGAAAAUGUCCAUGGAUAAAAAUGUAUCUCUACUCUCCAAUUUCUCCUAUGCCUCGUCUUUGCUGCGGAGAGAAGGCAACAGGACGGCGCUGGAGAUUGCUCCACAGCAAGUGGCCGUUGGAUUGUUAUUGACUGUUAUCGACCUGAUCACCUUCUUGGGCAAUGCUGUUGUAUUCAUCUGCCCAGCGGUAGAAAAGAGACUUAGGACAGUCACGUACAUGUUUAUCAUGUCACUGGCAAUGGCGGAUCUUCUGGUUGCCUGCCUGGUCAUGCCUUUUAGCAUCAUUUAUGAAGUGACAGGCAUGUGGCUCUUUGGGAAACAGUUCUGUAAAGUGUGGAUCUCCUUUGAUGUCCUGUUCUGCACCGCUUCCAUUGUCACGCUGUGUUUUAUCAGUCUGGACAGAUACUGCUCCGUGGUGACCCCGUAUCAUUAUUCCAAGAGAAUGUCACGCCGCAGAUGUAUCAUUAUGACAGUGACUAUAUGGGUUUAUUCCUCUCUGAUAUCCUUUCUGCCCGUCAUGCAAGGUUGGAAUGAAAUCCCCGGCGUUGAUUCUGACAAUGGGAAGCAAUGUAUCUUUGUCACCAACUGGACCUUUGCCAUUGUUGCCUCCUCGCUGGCAUUUUACAUCCCCUUUAUAAUCAUGUGCAGCAUGUAUUUCUUCAUUUACCGGGCGUCUCGGCUGAAAGCCACUCGCAUUGUGUCUCAGACUCUGGAUUUACAUUACCACCCGAACAGUAAACGGCAAAACAAUCUGCAACUGGAGAACAAAGCCACCAGGACCAUGGGCAUCAUCAUAUCCGUGUUUGUCAUGUGCUGGCUCCCAUACUUUGUUCUAAACGUUUUUAUAGCUGCAAAGGGCACCGAUUCCACCAGCAGAGUCCUGGUGAACACUUUCAAGUUCAUCACCUGGUUGGGAUAUUGCAAUUCCACCAUCAAUCCCAUGUUAUAUGCCUUUCUAAAUCGGGACUUCCAAAGGGCUUUGAAGAAAUUGCUGAUCUGCAGACGUUGGAGAUCCCAGGUGGACAUAGGAGACGACAUGGUCUCCAUCGUGACAUUUUCUAAGACCGCUCAAGAUCCAGAAUAUAAUAACAUAAAAAUGCCGAUCACCAACUGUGUGUUAAAGAACAAACCAGCAAUGAAAUGCAACCCUGCAAUACACUACUAAGCACUAACACAUAGGGGCAGAUUUAUCAAGGGUCGAAUUUUGGAUUUGAAAAACUUUGAAAUUCUAAUUCAAAAAGACCAACCAAAACUAAAUCAAAGGGUUUUU